GACAUGUCUGCCUAUGUGAAAAAGAUUCAAUUCAAGUUGCAUGAAAGCUAUGGUAAUCCUUUAAGAGUUGUUACCAAACCACCGUAUGAAAUCACCGAAACUGGCUGGGGUGAAUUUGAAAUAAUCAUUAAGAUAUUUUUCAUUGAUCCAAAUGAAAGACCUGUAACCUUGUAUCAUUUGCUGAAGCUUUUUCAGUCAGAUACCAAUGCCAUCCUGGGGAAGAAAACUGUAGUUUCUGAAUUCUAUGAUGAAAUGAUAUUUCAAGAUCCAACUGCAAUGAUGCAGCAGCUGUUAACAACAUCUCGUCAACUAACACUAGGUGCUUAUAAGCAUGAAACAGAGUUUGCAGAUCUUGAAGUAAAAACCAGGGAAAAACUGGAAGCAGCCAAAAAGAAAACUAGUUUUGAAAUUGCUGAGCUUAAAGAAAGACUAAAAGCAAGUCGUGAAACCAUCAACUGUCUAAAGAAUGAAAUCAGAAAACUUGAAGAAGAUGAUCAGUCUAAAGAUAUGUGACAAGUGGUGACUUGAUAAAGAGCCUAAAAAAAGACUUCAGUCAUGGAAUUGUAUGUGUUCUCUUCAGUUCUGUAACUGAGACUAUGAGAAUUUCAUUGGCAAAUGAUUGAAGUUUCUGGCAAUCAACUUCAUAAAUGGAAAAAAAAAGAAAGAAUGUAUCCUUGUUUAAUAGUUAAAAUCUGUGGGUACUCAAUGGUUUCUUUCAAGUAGAAGAGGUCUUGGAGACCAGACUACUUUUUUUUUUUUUUAAAGUGCAUUUGAGUUGUAUAUGAAAACUU